GGUACGGCUUAAUGGGAAAUAUCCGUAUAGUGGGGAAAACUGAGAGAGGUAGAAAUGGUUCAUACGAGUUAAUACAUACUUAAACGCACACAUAUCUAAAGAAAGAAAGAUAGAUAGAUAGCUAAACACACAAGUACACACACACACGUGCAUAUGCCACAUUAGAAAGGAAUGAUGCUAGCUUCCACUGACAUUUCACACUGCACAUGUGCAACCGGAUAUCAAUUCCCGCCACCACCUUGAACUAUUUUGAUUAGUAUUGACAAUGAAAUCACUUUUCAAAACAAUAAUUUUAUUUCAACAGAAAUCAUAAUUUACUGGCGGAAAAGUACUCAUAUUUAUCCAGUACAUUGUAGUAAAUAUUAUACGUGUGUGCGUGCGUGCAGAAACAACAUAUACGAUCAGCAUCACUGACUUGUGAUUUAUACUAGAAAUAUCUGAUGACAUUGGCAUGAAAGUAAUUCUAACUUCAGAUGUAUCAUUGAUAUUUAUCAUCUUUUAAAAAGUAAAGGAAGGUGUUACACAGAAUGGAUAUAUUCCCGUUUCUAUAAAUUUGUGAUGGAAUUGGUGUGAAAUAUUUCUUAUUGUGAUCUGAGAUCAUUUGCAAAAUUCUUCUGUUUCCUUGUCUGUUCAAGAGUUGAUGGUUUUCUUGUUAAACAUGGACAUAUUUUCACAGGAGUUUACAGUAUCAUCAGACAUCAACAAAGAUCAAGUUUUAUGGAAAUUUAGCAAUAGAUAUAAUUGCUAAGAAAAUACAAUAAAAAGAAACGAAGUUGUCAAAGAGGAAUAAUUAUGGAAAAUGAAUUCUGUGGGAAACCAAUUCAAAUUAAAACAGAGACUGAAAGCAUUGAGAUGCUGAAAGAGAUAGAAGAAAUAUAUUCCUGCGAUAUCUGUAAAAAAUUAUUCACUCAUAAAAGUCACCUAACUGAUCACAAACGUAUUCAUACAGGAGAAAAACCAUAUCACUGUGAUAUCUGUGGUAAAUCAUUCUCUCUAAAAUGUAUCCUAACUAAACACAGAAAUAUCCAUUCAAGACAGACAGCAUACCACUGUAAUAUCUGUGGCACAUCAUUCACUCAAAAAUGUCACCUAACUGGGCACAAACGUAUCCGUACAGGAGAGACACCAUAUCAUUGUGACAUAUGUGGUAAAACAUUUUCUACACAUGAUACCUUAAAUACACACAAAUGUAUUUAUACAGGAAAGAAACCAUAUGAUUGUGAUAUCUGUGGUAAAACAUUCUCUACAAGCGGUACAUUAAGUACUCACAAACGUAUUCAUACAGGAGAGAAACCAUAUCAUUGUGAUAUCUGUGGUAAAUCAUUCACUGAAAGUGGUACUUUAAAUACUCACAAACGCAUUCACACAGGAGAGAAAUCAUACCACUGUAGUAUCUGUGGUAAAUCAUUCUCUUACAGACGUUCCCUAACAUAUCACAGAAAUAUCCAUACAGGAGAGAGACCAUAUCAUUGUGAGAUUUGUGGUAAAUCUUUCCCGGAUAGGAGUAAACUAAAGAGACACAUAUAUGUUCAUACAGGAGAAAAACCCCAUUGCUGUAAUAUCUGUGGUAAAUCGUUCAGUCAAAAUGAUGACUUAAAUAAACACAUACGGAUUCAUACAGGUGAAAAACCAUAUCACUGUGAUAUCUGUGGUAAAUCUUGCUCUCAAAGUAGUGACUUAAUUAAACAUAAGCGUGUUCAUACAGGGGAGAAACCAUUUCACUGUGACAUCUGUGGUAAAUCUUUCUCUGGAAGUAGUGCCUUGCAUAUACAUCGGCGUAUUCAUACAGGAGAGACACCAUAUCACUGUGAUAUCUGUGGUAAAUCAUUUUCUGAUGGUAGUACCUUAAUUCACCAUAAACGAGUUCAUACAGGAGAAAAACCGUUUCACUGUGAUAUCUGUGGUAAAUCUUUCUCUAAAAGUAGUGAUUUAACUAAACAUAAGCGUAUUCAUACAGGAGAAAAACCAUAUCACUGUGAUAUCUGUGGUAAAUGUUGCUCUAGAAGUAGUACCUUACUUAUACAUAUGCGUAUCCAUACAGGAGAAAAGCCAUAUCAGUGUGAUAUCUGUGGUCAGUCAUUCUCCAGGAAUACAAGCUUAAAUCUACACAAACGUACUCAUACAAGUGAAAAACCAUAUCACUGUGUUCUCUGUGGAAAAUCAUUCUCUCAAAGAAGUAACUUGUCUAAUCAUAAGUAUGUUCAUAAAGCAGAGAAGCUGUUUCUCUGUGAUAUUUGUGGUGAAUCAUUCUCUAGAAAUUUCCAGUUAACUAGACACAAACAUCUUCAUACACAGGAGUGACCAUAUCAGAGAGAUAUUUUUUAGCUACUCCGUCUCUGGGUCACACCUCUAAGUUGUUAGUCUUGAAAUUUUAUUCAUUAAGGGACAUUAUACAAAUAUAACGAUGGUUAUUGUUUUACUGCCAAAAGAAAACAAAUAUUUCAGCAAUAUUAUCAUACAGAUUAUUUGGAUAGAGAGGCAAGAAAUAAUUUAUGCAAGCAAGAGUGAUAGUUGCAAUAUGUAAUAGCAAUAUUUCUGUGAAGAAGGAAUUGUGGGAUAGUGAAGAAAAAGGGAGGGCAGGCAGAUAUAUGUUUAUAUAUAUUCAUCACCGUUAACGUGAGUGACAAGAUCUACCUCAAUGCCAUAGCAACUGAGGUAGGCAGGUGCAGCCCACCCCAACCUUUGGGCUGGCUGAUACCCAUUCUUUGCUAUCAUGAGGCUUUUUUGCAGCUGGAUUUUCUACGGGGAGCAUGCCCUUGCUUACUCCCAACCUCAGUUUCUAGACAUGAGUGGUCCCGAGACCAAGGCCUUUACCACGAUUUUUAAGAAAUGUGGUGGAAAACUAGCUUAGGAAGGCAGGGAUGCUGCUCCCUGAGACCCCUUUCUAGCCCCCCCCCUACCAUUUCAAACAAUAUAUUAUUGUUUGAAAUUUGGAUACAUGACCAGCAAUUUUGAGGGGAGAGUUACGUCAAUUACAUUGACCAGCCCAGCAAGUAAACUCAGAAGAAAAAUUACUUAGCAUUUUAUCUAUCGCAGUCAUGCUUCUGCUAUCUUGCUGCCAUUAUCUUUAUAUAUUAUAAUAUCUGUAUUUGAUAUCCUAUUUAUCAUCUGGUUAUAAAUACAAAAAAUAAUAAUAAUGAAAAUAAAAUAAGUUUUUCACAUGAUGACAGCCGAAAAGCAUGCUCUUCAGAAUUUUUGUUUUUAAAGUGUGUUACAUAUGUAUGUAUGUGUGUGUGUGUGUGUAUUAUACACAUCAAUAAAUGUAUGUGUCCAUAAUUAAUUCUAUCAUUAGAUCCUCUGCUUAAUAUCCACUAAGGAUGAUCAGCUCCUGCUUGGAUCUACACACGCUCAACAUUCCUACAGAAAUACUCCAAAGAAUUUAACUGAAAUAAACAAAACACAUACAAACAAACAAACACACAGGCACUUAAGUGACUUUCCUCUUCUCCCCCCCCCCAAAAAAAAACACUACACAUAUAGUAUCACUGCACACAUUCAAACCCCCACAAGAAUACUAACCAUACAUUUGUACAAAAUACUAAACCAUACAUUUCUACAAAACUUGUUACUUUACAACUCUCCAGAGACAGUUUGAUGCCAAGGAGCAUAACUCUUAACCUAUCCUUUAGAUCAUUGUGUUGUCUUUUUUUCACAGCAACCACAAACUGGUCCUCUAACAAUAGAGGACAGCAUAUUUCUUUCCAUAACUACCAACUCUGCAGAGCAAAGGGUUACAUAAGCAGACUGUUACCUAACAUCCUGUUGAUGCCCUAGUGUGAAACCAAUUUGUAAGAGGGUUUGUAAAAGAUAUAUAAUACUGUACACUUACUUACCCCUACAUACACACACACACAAUACCUAUACAAAUGCUCCAAAGAUUUUAACCAAAUAAACAAAAAACAUACUGAUGCCUUUGGCUGCCCUCACCCUACCCCCAAAAACGCUACAUAUAGUACCACUGUGCACAUUCCAAUUAUACAAGAACAGCAGCCCUAAAGCAUACACACUUUUCCAGAAAAACUUGGUACCCGUGCUGGUGGCAUGUAAAAAGCACUGUUCAAAUAUUGGGUCUAAUGGAGACAAUGACAAGUGACCAAGACCUUUAGCAAUAUACUGUGCUUGAGAAGACCUGUCAAACCAUGGGAAAUCGUUGUUGUGGCCGAAGCUGAUACUGCAUAACAAGCACCCAUGCGUCCACUACAGGAAGGGCAUCUAGCCAUAAAAACCAGGCCAAAUCAGAUUAAAACCUGGUACAGCUUACCAGUUUUCAGUCGAACCAUCCAACCCAUGCCAGCAUGGAAAAUGGACGUUAAUUGAUGAUGAUGAUGAUAUAUAUAUGUGUGUGUGUAUCUGUGUUUGUCUUCCACCACCUCUUGGCAACUAGUGUUGGUGUAUUUACAUUCCUAAUACCUAGCAGUUCAAUUAAAGAGACUGACAGAAUAAGUAUCAGGCUUUAAAAAAUAAAUUGUUGAUUUUUUUCAGUCACUUCUUUUAGGCAUUGUCCUAGCAUGGCUGCAACUAACAACAUCAACAAGUAAAACAUGUGGAAAAAAAAAACGAAAAGCAAUGGUGGGCACCCACACAUACAUACUGACACAUCACAAUUGUUUUCAAAAUUUCAAAUUCCAUUUUGUAGCUAUAUCAGUGAUAUGUAUUAGUAUAUCUAUGUGUGUGGUCACCAAUUUUUUUCAAAUGAAGUUUCAAUAGGUAUAUACCUUUGGAAAGGUAUAUGUAGAAAAUUUCAUUAAAGAAUGGAAGUUAUGAGGAAACAAAUUGACACACUUGUGUAACAUGGCAACACACAUACUGUAACAUAAUUACAUACAUAUAUAUAUGUGGACACAUGUAACGAUAAGAUAUGUUUCUUACAUAGAGGUUGCCAAAUGUAAUGGACGAUUGUGGAGUUCUCACAUCAGGGUUACCAAUCAUAUACAAAUGAGAAGUUACCUGAUGUAGAAAUAGUGAUUCUUGUUCUGCAUCAAGGUCACUAUAUGUAGAUGGUCAAAAGUAGGAUGAGACAGCGUAAUAACAAUAUUGAAGAGAAAAAAAAAGGACCCCCUUCGGUCAUGAAUGACCAUAGGAUUGCACCUAGAAAGUUACCCUCUGAGGCACAAGUUCGGGCAAGGCUGUUUAUGGAAGACCAGCAGUCGCUCAUGCAUACCGGCCUCCCUUCUCCAUGCCAUUGAUGGGAAAGGCAAAGGUCAAUACAGCUUGGCACCAGUGAUGACACAACUCAUCAAGCUGAAGGUUGUGGAAAUUUCCUUAUCUUUGUCGCACCUUUCUUGGUGCCCCAGGCAACUGCCCGGGUUGCCAGUAUCUUGAGCCGGCCCUGUGUGUGUGUGUGUGUAUCUAUCUAUAUAUA